UCAUGUUCACUUUUUUGACAGAUGACAGUUUCCAUUUAGAAGAGGCUAAAAAAUAGAAAAAUACCAAAUUUGUCCAAAAACUUAAAAUAUCAGAAAAUGGCCAGUAAUUCCAAAAAGAAAUCAGAUAAAGGACCCACACCUGAGGAAAUCCUAACCGGUUUUCAAAAUUUGAGGGCCGAACAGAGGGCUCUAUCAGGAAAACUUUCAGAAUUUGAGUUAGACUUGAAUGAACACAAAAUGGUAAUCGAAACAUUGAAAAAUGUAAAUGAAGACAGAAAAUGUUUUAGACUGAUAGGUGGUAUACUAACAGAAAGAAAAGUAAAAGAUGUACUACCAGUAUUGGUAACGAACCAGGAGAAACUUAAAGAAUUUAUUGAAAAGCUUCAAGAACAAAUUACCAAGAAAGGUUCAGAAAUUAAUGAAUAUAGGGAAAAACACAAUAUUAAAUUUAGGGGCUUAGAACCUACAAAACAAGACGAACAACCUGUAGCUUCAACAACGGAAGCUAGAGGGAAUGUUUUGGUUUCUUAACAAUAAAGUAAUUACACUUUUUAUUGUAUAUUUAUUUUCUGGACUUUCUUGAAGACAUAUUAACUCUUUAUUAGGCCUUUACAAUGUUUGUAAGAUAUAUUAACAAGUUUUUAAUGUAAACUGUUGUUAUUUUUGGUUGAAUUAGAAGGCUUGUUCUGUUACUUUCAAAUAUGAAGUUUUAUAAAUUGAUAUUUUUCAUCUAAACAAAAUAAGUAAGAUGUUUGUGUAUGCGCAGUAUUUUUACCAAAAACUGUCUUUAAAUUAUCAAGUAACAUACUAUUACAUUAUCUAUUAGUGGCAAAAUCAAAACUGUGAAAAUACAGAGUAACCUGGCAAAAAAUGACAUUUUUUGUUUAUUUCUAAUACGUAUCUUGUAUCCAAACUUUAUACGCUUUGUAUGUAAGUUUAUACAUAUAGUAGACAAUUCACUAUUUGAAAGUAAUGAAAGUGGCAACAGCUUUUUGUAUUCUGUUAAAGCAUUGUAUAAGAAUACCUCUUCAUUUAAAGAUAUUGUUCUGAUACAUCUAUCAGCAUCACCUUUCAAGAACUAUUUUUGUAUUUUAACAGUAAAUUUGUGUUAUAGUAUAAUUGAAUCAAAUGAAUCUCUUCAUAGUUUUCUAUGUAAGGUAGUUUUUUUGCUCUAUUUUUAAAUCCUUGCAUUUUACACAAUCCUAUAGCACACAUUUGCUGUCUUGAUUACUAAUGUUUUAUAUAUUUAAAGUUACAGCUUAUUUUCAAGUGUAAAAAUUAAACUUGAAUGACAAA